GUGGUAGUGGGUGGAGGCGCAGCAGAAGGAGGCAGAAUCUGAGGAGAAUCAGGCUGGAAAAUACAACAAGUGAGUGAACUGUUGCUCCGCAAAUAAAGUCACUCCGCAGCGGGAUUUCACCGCUGCGCAAGUUUGGAACUGGCCAGAAUACGGAAUUCCAGUUAAAUUAAGGACUACUUCGCGUCCUCAUAUUCAUCCUUUUUGAAAAAUCCAGAUACUUUGCGGCUAUUUUAUUUUACUUAUUUAUUUUGGAGAGUUGGAUCAACCCGUCGUGGAUGAGAGCGCGUGACUGAGUUUGGAGCGCAGCGGCGGAGAAAGCGCACAGUGUUUGGUGCGUUUCCGUGCGCGUCCUGCGGCUCUCUGGCGGAGUCUCCGUAUAAAAUAUGCAGCAUGUGGACGCCGGAGAGAAAAGAAAGCAAUUAAAAGCAGGCUGCCUCAUGUGACACAUCAAAGCUGCCUUUAUCACAACACUUGCAGUUCAGUGGAUUCAGAAUUAAGAUUUUAGGACAAAUUACUGCUCUGCAUUUCCGAGACAAGUGAGUGCCCUUUCCCGUAUGUGCCGGGUGAGAUGAACUCCAGUGGGAAUACUGUAGACCCCACCUGACAGCUCCUCUGCCUGAACAACUGAAAGCAUGAAAGCAAACAGUCACUAUGAUGUUGAUUUGCCAUGAAGAAAUUUUAAAUAGCCGCUGUGUUUUGGGUUGCAGAGUGUAGAGACACUGGACUGCCUGAACAAUAGGAUACAAACUAAACGCAGUGAACACAAAGGAAUGGAACAUAUGUUAGGCUUUUCACCGCCUGUGAGUUUCUGAGCGUCUUUUCUUUCGCCUUUACAUUCCCCCCAAAAAUCACAUCUUACCCUCUUUCACCUCCUCUGUGCUGCUUCUUACCCAGAGUUCAGCCUGGCCGGCACAACCAUUCCUGCUAAAGGGGAGGAGGACUUCCUCACGCUGGCCGUGUCCCGGCUCAGCCGCAAGAAACGAGUCAUUGGGGCUGGCGUUGGUGUGGCCAUGGUCCUGGUCUUGCUUGUGGCCAUUCCCCUAUUGGUCCACACCACAAAAGGGGGAGGGUCUGGAGGAGGGGGCACACAUUAUGAGAUGCUUGGUAGCUGCAAGAUGGUGUGUGACACCUUCACCCCCCCACAGGGAGAGCUGGCAGCCGUCUCCCCUCAGCCCCCAGACUUCCCCAACCGUAAGGGAAAACCAGGGUUCCGUGGGAGCCCUGGACUUCCUGGCCCCCCUGGUCCUAAAGGACCACCAGGAGAACCUGGUAAGCCGGGGCCACCUGGCCCUCCCGGUCCUGGACCAGGUGGCUAUGGGUCCUCCUUCUACAGCCCUAAAAUUGCCUUCUAUGCCGGUCUCAGGAAACAGCACGAAGGGAGCGAGGUGCUGAAGUUUGAUGACGUGGUGACCAACGUAGGGAACUACUAUGAGCCGAGUACCGGCAAGUUCACCUGUCCCCUUCCUGGCAUCUACUACUUCACCUACCACGUCCUGAUGAGAGGUGGUGACGGGACCAGUAUGUGGGCUGACCUCAAGAAAAAUGGACAGGUGAGAGCCAGUGCAAUCGCUCAAGAUGCAGAUCAGAACUAUGACUACGCCUCCAACAGCGUCAUCCUUCACCUCGACGUGGGGGACGAAGUGUGCGUACAGCUGGAUGGGGGCAAAGUUCACGGCGGAAAUACCAACAAAUACAGCACCUUCUCUGGCUUUCUCAUCUACCCUGACUGAGCAUUUGAGCACGUCAUCAUUAUGCACUCUGUCCAUCUGUUUCUUUUUGUGUCAAAGCAAAAAUCUUCAUCUUAGUUUUGUACAGUGUAAUUUGUACUUUAGUUGUCAUUCCACUGCUGUACAGAUGAAAUGUGUGAUAUGUUUGACAAAACAUGAAGAGACUGUGCCGAAAA